AUGCUAAGGGGGCGUGUACCUAGGAGGGAAAGACGGUUGGGUGUGCAGUAUAUAGGGGAUAAUAGAGCGCGCGAUAUCACUUUCUACAAGCGGCGUAGCGGUCUAUUCAAGAGCGCUACUGACUUGCACUCCCUCACAAACGCGAGGGUUGCUGUCAUCCUGGAGACAGACAACGGAAGAAUGCACUCAUUUGGAACUCCGUUUGCUGAUCCAAUUGUUGAUGCUUUCUUGUCACGAGAUCCACCAAUAGAGCCGUUGACCGACCAGGCAACGACUGACAGGAUCACACUGCUGCAGAGUGAGGUGGCUCGUUUGGACAUGGAGAACACGAUGGAGGUCAGUAAAGCAAAACUCACCACCAAGCGUGUCAAGGAGAUCCAAGAUGAGAACCCGGGCAUGGGUGUAAACCUUCUCUUGGCCAGGAAAGAAGAUCUCAAUCUCGAAGAUCUGACCAAGUUGUUCAAUGAACUCUCAUGCGUCGAGCAAAACAUUGCUCGUCGUGUGCCCCCACUGCAUCGUGUUCAUGAACAGAAUGGGCCAAGCAUGUCAACAUACCAUCCACAAGUUCCAUCAUGGGGUCUCAUGGCGACCCUUCCUUCGUCACUGCAUUCAUCCUCAUCUGAUCUAUUGAUGGAUCAUGUGUUGGCACCAAAUUUUCCUGUGCAGGUACCAGAAACAUUGCAGCCCGUGCCACCUGCUAUGUCGCCACCGAUUCUUAAUCAGGUACAAGAGCUACCUUCACCAUUACAAUCUCAUCUUCAGAUCCAAGCAAGUCCUGACAACGUAGUGGAGCCACCUCAGAACAACAUAAAUCCUGACUCCACCUUCGAACCCAUUGAGGAGGCUUCACCAUUGUUGGACUACACUGGUGGUGAUAACUUUGGUAUUGAUGACCCGUUUGGCUAUGAACACUGGUCUUAUGCUCUUUCCGAUCUGCCGUACUACACUAGUUUUCUAGAGACAUUUGGUACUGAUGUAGGCCAAGCUGAGAUGGGGAAUGGUGGAUGGGUCAAUGCGCCGCCAGAAUCUUCUUCUGAUAGGGGAGAUGCUAGUAAUUCUUCUGAUAGGAAAACUUCGUGAUCUGCCAUUUUGAAGCUAUGUCGACAGCAAUAUCAAGUUAUCCAUUACUAGUGUUUUGUCAUUU